CGCUGCGAUCUCAGACCUCGCGAGAGCAGAAGUGCCAGGGAGAGCCGCGAGAGUUGCAGUUCUAGUUGGAACCUGACUGUUUUGAGGACAAAAGGUGGUUGGUGUUUUCGGUGCAGGUACCACGUCCUGCCUACUGGACCUAUUCCUUGGAGACAAUGUCUGGAAGCUUCUACUUUGUAAUUGUAGGACAUCAUGAUAAUCCAGUCUUUGAAAUGGAAUUUUUACCAGCUGGAAAAGUGGAAUCUAAGGAUGAUCAUCGUCAUCUGAACCAGUUUAUAGCUCAUGCAGCUCUUGAUCUAGUAGAUGAGAAUAUGUGGUUAUCUAAUAAUAUGUACCUGAAAACUGUGGACAAAUUCAAUGAGUGGUUUGUUUCUGCUUUUGUUACUGCAGGACAUAUGAGAUUUAUUAUGCUUCAUGAUGUAAGACAAGAAGAUGGAAUAAAGAACUUCUUUAGUGAUGUCUAUGAUUUAUAUAUAAAGUUUGCAAUGAAUCCAUUUUAUGAACCAAAUUCACCCAUUCGAUCAAGUGCAUUUGACAGAAAAGUUCAAUUUCUUGGGAAGAAACACCUUCUAAGCUGAAUAAAGAAAACUUCUUAAAUAUGGAUGUCAUAAUAUGCAUUGUAAGUAGCUAAGAGCCAAUCAAGUCUACUAUGUCUAGGCUCUUUAGGCCUCUGUAAAUUAACCUCCUUUCUAGUUAGAAAGAUAAGGCACCUUUUGUUGUCAUUGUUACCGAUGAUCCAAUCAAAACAACAUGCUUUUGAAAAGUGCCCUGUUUAUAUGGAAUCCCGGAUGAAGUGCCCCAACAAUUCUUUUUGCUUUAAAAAUUGGACUCUAUUUUGACUAGUCUAAUAUUGUACUGUAAGUUUGUAAAUGUUAUAAUGUUGAUUUGGCUGACAUAUCUUAAACUGAAAUAGUACAAUUUACAGUAUACACAUGUAAUCUUUAUUUAUAAAGAAGAAACGGGCUUUUUUGUCAAGUUUUAAAGUAGGUAUUUAUCUGAUAGCAUUGAGUAUUUUAAGUAGUCUGGCAGUAGUACCAAAAAGACAGAACACUUAGAAAAUAGAUAUAAACCUGACUAUAAAUAAAAUGAAGUUGUUACUGAGACCAAACUUUGCAUAAUCUUUUAUCAUUGUUAUUUAUUUGGAAUCUUGAGACUAUGUCACAAUGUUUUCUUUUUCAAUAAUAGCAAGAAUAAUCACAUUUCCUUUUGAUAAGUUUCAUGCUUUUAUAAAGACAUUUCAGUUAUUUGCAUAUUUUAGCUUUCAAGAAUAUCAUGAAUCAAAUUAAAGUUUGGCAGUCUCAUAACCAACAUAUAGGCUCUAACUGGGAAAGUUGUCUGGGGGAGAGGUUGCAUUGAAUGUGUGUGGACUUGAGUGUGUCUUUUUGCAUUGUAGUAUGUGUAGAAUCUUAUUCUGUAAAUUAUGUAUUGUUUAUAAAACUAAUGAUAUGAUCAUAAACAAAUAGUUCAUGGAAAAAAAUACCGAUGUUUAGAAAAAUGUUAUUGAAUUAAGUAUAAUAAAAAAGAAUGCUGUUUUAAUUGA